GCCGCGCUACGCCCGACGUCACGGGUCCGUGUGUAGUGGCGGCCGGGCUGCCCUCAGCAGCGGCUCCUGACGAGGGCGGUGCGGCCGCUGGGUGCGGCGUUCGGGGGUCCUGCGGCCCGCGGCGGCGGCGGCGGCGGCGACCACGACCGGGAGGCCCGGCGCUCCCAGCCGCGGAGUCGCCGCUCCCGCCCCUUCUCCGGCCUCGGUGGCGCCCGGCCGCGGCUUCCUCCUUUCCUACCCAGCUUCCCGCGGGCCUCCGGGCCGCGGCGGCGAGAAGCACCGAGGGGCUCCGAGAGGCUCCGGCCGGCCGCCACGGUCCACGCGCCCGGCCCGGGCUCCAUGUGAAGGAGGGACGGGCCUGGCCCCCCGGCCCGCGCCCGACUCCUCGUGCGCCCCUCCGGCUCCCGGGGGCCCGCAGCCUCCCCCGACCGGGGGGCGCGGUGACAGGCCGCGCGGGGGCGGAGGGGUGGGCCCGUGGCUCCCUAUGUCCCCGCGGAGCGGCCGGCAAUAGAGAAUGCUGAUGAGAGAACCAUUUCCCUAAUUUUCAAAUAGUCAAGCUGGUUGCCAUGAUGGAUGAUCAGCAAGCUUUGAACUCAAUCAUGCAAGAUUUGGCUGUUCUUCAUAAGGCCAGUCGACCAGCAUUAUCCUUACAGGAAACCAGAAAAGCAAAAUCCUUAUCACCAAAAAAGCAGAAUGAUGUCCGAGUCAAAUUUGAACACAGAGGAGAAAAAAGAAUCCUUCAGUUUCCCAGACCCGUUAAACUGGAAGAUCUGAGGUCUAAAGCUAAAAUUGCCUUUGGACAGUCUAUGGACCUACAUUAUACCAAUAAUGAGUUGGUGAUUCCAUUAACCACCCAAGAUGACUUGGACAAAGCUGUGGAACUGCUGGAUCGUAGUAUUCAUAUGAAGAGCCUCAAAAUAUUACUUGUAAUAAACGGAAGUACACAGGCUACUAAUUUAGAGCCAUUGCCAUCACUAGAAGAUUUGGAUAACACAGUAUUUGGAGCAGAGAGGAAAAAAAGACUUUCUGUAGUAGGUCCCACUAGUAGAGAUAGAAGCUCCCCUCCCCCUGGAUACAUUCCAGAUGAAUUACACCAGGUUGCCCGGAAUGGGUCAUUUACCAGUAUCAACAGUGAAGGAGAGUUCAUUCCAGAGAGCAUGGACCAAAUGCUGGACCCAUUAUCGUUAAGCAGCCCUGAAAAUUCUGGCUCAGGGAGUUGUCCAUCACUUGAUAGCCCUCUGGAUGGAGAGAGCUAUCCAAAAUCACGAAUGCCUAGGGCCCAGAGCUACCCAGAUAAUCAUCAGGAAUUUUCAGACUAUGAUAACCCUAUCUUUGAGAAAUUUGGAAAAGGAGGAACAUAUCCAAGAAGGUAUCAUGUUUCAUAUCAUCAUCAAGACUAUAAUGAUGGUCGUAAAACUUUUCCAAGAGCUAGAAGGACCCAGGGGACCAGCUUCCGGUCUCCUGUGAGUUUCAGUCCUACAGACCACUCCUUAAGCACUAGUAGUGGAAGCAGUAUCUUUACCCCAGAGUAUGAUGAGAGUCGAAUAAGAAGAAGGGGAAGUGACAUAGACAAUCCUACUUUGACUGUAAUGGACAUCAGCCCACCCAGCCGCUCACCUCGUGCUCCAACCAACUGGAGAUUGGGCAAACUGCUUGGCCAGGGAGCCUUUGGCAGGGUCUACCUCUGUUAUGAUGUUGAUACAGGAAGAGAAUUGGCUGUUAAGCAAGUUCAGUUUGACCCAGAUAGCCCUGAGACCAGCAAGGAAGUAAAUGCACUUGAGUGUGAAAUUCAGUUGUUGAAAAACUUGCUGCAUGAGCGAAUUGUUCAGUAUUAUGGCUGUUUGAGGGAUCCCCAAGAAAAAACACUUUCCAUAUUUAUGGAAUAUAUGCCAGGGGGUUCAAUUAAGGACCAACUAAAAGCAUAUGGAGCUCUUACUGAGAAUGUGACUAGGAAAUACACCCGUCAGAUUCUGGAGGGAGUCCAUUAUUUGCACAGUAAUAUGAUUGUUCAUAGAGAUAUAAAAGGCGCAAAUAUUCUGCGAGAUUCAACAGGCAACGUCAAACUAGGAGAUUUUGGGGCCAGCAAACGGCUUCAAACCAUCUGUCUUUCGGGGACAGGAAUGAAGUCUGUCACAGGCACACCAUACUGGAUGAGCCCUGAAGUGAUUAGUGGAGAAGGCUAUGGCAGAAAAGCAGAUAUCUGGAGCGUGGGCUGCACUGUGGUGGAAAUGCUAACGGAGAAGCCUCCUUGGGCGGAAUUUGAAGCAAUGGCUGCCAUCUUUAAAAUCGCCACUCAGCCAACGAACCCGAAGCUGCCGCCCCACGUCUCAGACCACACUCGAGACUUCCUCAAACGGAUCUUUGUAGAGGCCAAACUGAGACCUUCCGCUGACGAACUUUUAAGGCACAUGUUCGUGCACUAUCACUAGCAGCCAGUAGCCUCUGCCGUGCCUCUUCCCGGCUCCCAUCUGUUCGUGCACCUUCUCUCUGACUGCACUUUUCUUUUUUAUAAAAAAGAGAGAUGGGGGAGAAAAAAAAGACAAGAGGGAAAGUGUUUCUCUUGAUUCUUGGUUAAAUUUGAUUAAUAAUAAUAGUAUCCUAAAGUUUUUAUAUUUAAUCUUUUUUUCCCUUACAAGAACUUGAAACUUUUUUUUUUUUAAUUUUUAUAAUGUACUGAUGUGGUUCAGAGACAUAAAGCACUUUAGUACAUAGUCACUCUUUUUAGUACAAAAAGAUCAUUUGGAAUACCUAAAGAUUGUAGAGUCUUUCCCUGUGUCACUGACAGAUUGGCAGUGAUGGGGAGACAUGGAAAACAAGGAGAAGAAAAUGAUGUAUAAUUUGUAGUUUUUAGUGAUAGUAUUUAAAAUAGAUUCUUGUUUGUGGGGUUGAGCCCUAAACUUGAGUUUAGGAUAGGUACUCAGCUUAAAGAAUAUAGGUUCCUUCUUGUAUCUGUAUUCUUUAGAUCCUAACCUCUGUCUACCAAGCUUUUUGCUCAGUAGGACUCUUGAUAGAAAAUAUGAAUCUCUAGGAGGUAUGUUUGUUUGUUAAUCCUAACCAGUAUAAUAAGCAAAUACACUAUAAUAGAUCCAUGUUACUGGAAUCUAUAAACCUUGAGGGAUAGCUUUCUGCUUAAAAAAAGAAAAGAUAUUGUUUUAUUUUAAAACAGAUAUGGGAAGUCAAUAAGCAAAUCCAAAUUAAAAGACAAAAGGAGAUUGCUCUAAUUAAAUGUGUAAGCAGUAGAAGAGACCACAUUUGCCAGUCAACAGAAAUAAUGAAAAGAAGAACUAAGUGUUGUUUAGUGUAUUUUAAACUGUGUUCUUUACCCGAGGGGGAAAGUCCCAAAAAUCAAGGGGAAGGAGAAAUAAUCAAAAUCAUGUAUACUAUAUCCUUCUGUUUCUAGCUCCUGAUUCCCCAUAGAUAACAUUGUUUAGGAAGUAAGAGUUUAACCUGGAGUAACCAUGUGUUAAAAGCUAGUGUCAUGAUAUGAAACCCUUGUUCUUGUUCUUUGGAUCACAGACUACUAAAGCACCUCAAAAAACAGUUAGCAUGUAAAACAGUGGUUUUCAUAGCUGGGGUGAGGAUAGUUUUGCUUGGCAUGUGGCGAUGCCUGGAAACAUUUUUGGUUGUCACAACCAGGAGGAUGCUAGAGGCAUCUAGUGCUUAGAGGCCAGGGAUGCUGCUAAAGAAAGUAAAAUAUACAAGAACAGUGCGUCCAGCCCCCCCGACAAAGAAUUAUCCUGCCCCAAAUGUGAAAAGUGCCGAAGUUGAGAAACCCUGAUAUACAUACCAGCCCCAGUUAUAAACGAAAAUGGCCAUUUACAAAGCAGGUUCCUUGCAAAAAGUAAGUUUCAGAGAGUGAUGUAAUGCAUAAUGAGGGUUUUACAAGAGAAGAUACCACUACUUCAAGUCGAGGGUGAAAGGUCUCAACAGACAGCCAGUAACAAUCCUUUCCCUUCCAGCUGCAUAUUGCACCCAAAUCAGUAACUUCCAUUUUAGACACAAAAUGAACUUAAACACGGAGCCUAUUGAACUCAGUCAUCUGUGUGUAUUCUUUCCUCAAAAGUCAAUUCAUAAUUGUGGGAAAAGAAAGGCAUAUUAAAACAAAGUAUUAGCUACUUUAUGGGAAGGUUAAAAACUGCCAGGUAUUUCUAGUAUAAGAGCAAGGACAUUAAGCGAACGAGACAGCUGGGAAACUCCCACUAUCUCUGAUGGGACUUGUGCUACUGGAAAACAUGAAUGACAUCAGUAAUUUGGCCACUUGCAAUUUUUUUCAACGUAUUAAAGCAAAUGCUAAGUACUUUAUUUUUAAAGGUCUAGAAAAUAGUAUUCUUCUUGGAGGCCCUAACUGUGAUGCCUUUCAUGGGAUUCAUAAGGGACUCAGGUAUUUUGUUUUCUGCUAAAAGGUAUGCUCGUUUAGGAACUCUUUUAAAAUACUUUGUUUCUGAAGUUAAGUAGAUCUUGGUUUACUGUAUCAAGGUCCUAUCUGGCAUUCCCUGUAGGAAUAUUUGAAAUUCCAUUAGCUAGUCUGAGAAGAAGUCAAAGCACAAAUAUAGUUGUUAAAGCUUCUCACUUACCCUUACAACGAAAGGAAGCAGCUUGCAAGGAAGAACGUGAAUUACUGGCCUCCUCCCCCUGGGAAAUCAACUGCCAAAUCUUGUGCUAUAAACAUAGUCCCCAAGGAUGUGGAUCUAUUAUAAUUUCUUUAUCUUUUAUGAGUGAAGGCAUCUCUUCUACUUGAGCAAGAUCAUGGUAUCUGGACCAGUGGGCUUUUCCUUUGUUUCUUUGUAUUGUGUGGUUGUGAUUUCCUUUUGGCUCAUUUUUGGUCUGUCAGGGUAAUCAGCAGUGCAAAAUAUGAGACAGAUGCUCUUUAAAGAGAAAUCUUGGGAGACUGUGAAACCCAAAGCAAAAUUGUUUGCUUUUUUUUCAGUCUUCUUUUUCUUUUUGAAAUGCUAUAGAAAAUAAAAUCACCUGAAAAGAAACUACUACUUUAACACUGCUGCACAAGACCUUUGUUUUAUAAGAAAAAAUAUUAUUAGCUAUGGAAAAGUAUUGUUCUUUAUUGUAAAGACUUAAGAAUAGACUAAUAGUUUACAGAGUUAUAUAAAAAUGUGAUGUGAAUUUAUUUCAGACAAGUUGUAAAGGUACCAAAAACCACAG